GCGGCGGCGGCGGGGCCGGGCCGAGGCGCUCCGGGAACGGGGUUUUGUGCAGCCCCAGGUAUCGCCCUGCGCCUUCCCCGCUUCAGAGAUGCGCGCCAGUCGGCCUCUCCUGUCCUGAGUUCUCAGACAUCGCUCCGGUCCGUUCUGGUCAGACCUCCUUUAUCUUCUGUCAUCUUUGCCGUUGGAUCCGUACGGGCAGUCCACUUCCCAGGCUGACGGAAGAAAUCAUUAUAGGUUUGGUGCGCUGGAAGUAUGGAAUCAAUCUCUAUGAUGGGAAGUCCUAAGAACCACAAUGAAACUUUUUUACCAAACGUUGCCAAUGGCAUCAAGGAUGCCAGUAAGAUCACAAUAGGCAUCAUUGGAAGUGGAGACUUUGCCAAGUCAUUGACCAUUAGGCUCAUCAGAUGUGGGUACCACGUGGUUGUGGGAAGCAGAAACCCUAAACUUGCUGCCGAGUUCUUUCCUCAUGUGGUUGAUGUCACUCAUCAUGAAGAUGCAGUAGCAAAAACAAACAUCAUUUUUGUAGCCAUACACAGAGAACAUUAUGCUUCUUUGUGGGACCUCAAGCAUUUACUUGCUGGUAAAAUUCUGGUUGAUGUCAGCAACAAUGCAAGAGUAGACCAGUAUCCAGAUUCCAAUGCAGAGUACUUGGCAUCACUUUUCCCAGAUUCCCUGAUCGUCAAAGGAUUCAAUGUUGUUUCAGCUUGGUCAUUGCAGUUAGGACCAAAGGAUGCCAGCAGACAGGUCUAUAUAUGCAGUAACAAUGUUCCAGCUCGCCAUCAAGUUAUUGAGCUUGCCCGGCAGCUCAAUUUUAUUCCUAUUGAUUUGGGGGCGUUGUCAUCUUCAAGGGAGAUUGAAAACUUACCGCUACGACUGUUCACACUGUGGAAGGGACCGGUAGUGAUGGCCAUCAGCCUGGCAACAUUUUUCUUCAUCUACUCCUUUAUCAGAGAUGUAAUACAUCCAUAUGUGAGAAAUCAGCAGAGUGACUUUUACAAGAUCCCCAUUGAGAUUGUGAACAAGACUCUACCAAUUGUUGCUAUCACUUUACUCUCUCUAGUAUAUUUAUCAGGACUUAUUGCAGCUGCUUAUCAGCUUUACUACGGUACUAAGUAUAGGCGAUUUCCACCUUGGUUGGAGAGCUGGCUGCAAUGUCGAAAGCAGCUCGGACUGCUGAGCUUUUUCUUUGCCACAGUGCAUGUGGCAUACAGCCUCUGCUUACCUAUGAGGAGAUCAGAGCGAUACUUGUUCCUCAACAUGGCAUAUCAACAGGUUCAUGCAAAUGUUGAAAAUUCUUGGAAUGAGGAAGAAGUGUGGCGAAUUGAAAUGUAUAUCUCCUUUGGAAUAAUGAGUCUUGGACUGCUUUCUUUGCUGGCAGUAACUUCAAUCCCUUCAGUAAACAGUGCCUUAAACUGGAGGGAGUUCAGUUUUAUUCAGUCUACACUUGGAUAUGUUGCUCUGCUCAUAAGUACUUUCCAUGUACUGAUUUACGGGUGGAAAAGAGCCUUUGAAGAAGAAUACUACAGAUUUUAUACACCACCAAGUUUUGUUCUUGCCCUUGUUCUGCCUUCCAUUGUAAUUCUAGGUAAGAUCAUUUUACUUCUGCCAUGUAUAAGCAGGAAACUGAGAAGAAUUAGAAGAGGAUGGGAGAAGAGCCAUAUUAUGAACGAAGCAAGUGGGUCUGUUUCACAUCUCUCCCCAGAAAGGAUAACUGUGAUGUGAUGAUUGACUAGUAUUUGUUAGCACUGUUGUAGAUGGUUAGGUGUGUGUGUGCGUGUUUGUUUUGGUCUUAAAGUUGUAUUUUCAGGAAUUUAUCUAAUGUAUGAGUAAAGUCACUGUGGACUUGCUUGGCAUAUAGUACAAGCUCUCAAUCAAACUAUGAGGAAUUUAUAACUGAAAAACUACUAAUUCAGAUAACUACAAAAAUAUUUUUAUUUUAAAUUAUAGAGGGCAGAUGAUAACAAAGUCAGAAUUUUUUAAUGCUCUUUUGCACAGUUUUAUCACAAAAAUAUUUUAUUAUAACCAUGCUUUCCAGAUAUUUCUUUGACUCAGAGCACGUGUGCCAGAGUGCUGUUUAUUAAUACCACACUUCCUGGGCAGUGUUUCUUUUAUUAAAACUAUACUUUUUGGUUAGUGACUUGAGAAUAUGGACUGAAAGAGUUAAUAAUUCAGGAAAUAAUCAGGUUUUGAAACAACAAAAUAAUCUGUAAUGAUGUAUUGCACAUGUACAGUAUAUUUAUGUUUGUGUGGUUUUACACCAUUCUGUGAUUUGAGGAGGUAAGAAAAUUUCAAUUAUGGUCUAAUUAUGCACCUUGUAACCAAAAUGUAUUAUGCUAAUAGGGACUUUUUUUUCAAAGUAUCACAUAGAUUUUUAGACCUUUGAUGUCUCUUUAUUUGCAUAUGAGUCACAAAGGAAAAUUCAAAACAGUGUUAUACAAGUGUAGAAGGACUUUUAGGUACAAGCAACUAACUUUUGCUUUUAGAACGAUUUGGAAAUGCCAGGAUAUAUUAUAAAAGAAAAACAUACUGAUAAGUCUGCAACAAUAAAAAUCCAUUCUCACGGUGAAAUUUCCAGUAUCUUGAUACAACGGGAAAGCAUCACGAUACUCGUAUUCCUUAUGUUUCUACACUGGAGUUUCAGUUAUUGUAUAUGAAUUUCCCAGAGUCUGUCUUAAAAUCUUAGUAUCUUUUUGUGCAAAUACAAUCUUCUAUUUUUAUAUAAAAGUCUUAACCUGUACAACAAGUAUCUGUGGGAUAUGCCUGAAUUUUUGAGAAACAAUAUUCUUAUACCUCAGAGCUUUACAUAGAUGACUCCCGAAAAUGAAAAUUUACUUCUAAAACUUGGCAUUCCCCUUUCCUGUGGGGUUCGAAAGAACAUUCAAAAUUACUUAUUACUACUAAUUUAUCAGGUUGUAUUUAUCUCUAAACAAAAUAGCCAAACUCAACUCAUAUACUUUCAGGCUACUCCUGCUAAAUCAGUGAAACCUUCCUUCCAGUGAAGGAGAAUGUACAUUUGGUCCUGAUUUUCUUUACUUGUAUGCAAUUAUGUUUUUCUUGCCUAUUUUUGCACUGUUUAGGAUCUCUAACUUAAUUUAGCUGAAGCUCCACUUAUUGUUUAUUUGUUUGCAAGAAUUUGUCAUCACAUGAUACAUGUCAGAAAUAUAGACCGCUUAAGCAUGAGUUUACCCUUGAACAUCACUAGUCCUGUAAAUCUCAUUACAACUGUUUACAAUGAAACCAGUAGCUCUACUGAACAAGAAUAGAAUCAAACUCUGCCCUCAGUUACACCAGCCUAAAGGUAAAGAAUUCAUGUUAGUUAUUCUUAAUUUCAUUUCAAACUCACAAUACCUGCUACAAUUUUAUUUUCAUUGUAGUAUACAUAUUCCCCAAACUUAUACAUCAGGCCUGUUUAUAUUUAGAGUCUAUUGCAGUCAAGAGACAUUUGGACUUUUUUUUUGUCAAGCACAUGCAAAUCCAAAGAUGAAAUUUUCUAAGUCACACAUAAUAAAAUAUUUGCAUAAAUACAUAAUAAAAAACAUGGUAAAAUAUUUGCAUAAAUACAUAAUAAAAAACAUGGUAAAAUAUUUGCAUGCGAAAUUAAAACAUUGGUUUUAAAUGUCUUUAAACAUACUUUGUAUGUGAAUGAGAGGUCAGUAAAUUCAUUUUUAAUUGAAAAUGGAGGUUUGUGAAAAUAUUUUGUGGAAAAAAUAUCA